AUGAGUUCCAGUUGCACGCUCGUAGCUGAUCGUACAGAUGACGCGGUGCAAAUGUUGCUGGGCUUUAUUGCUCUAUCAUCACUCUAUGCUAAAUGGCACUUUGAACGACCACGGAGAUCCGUCAAGAUCUGGUUUAUGGAUGCGAUGAAACAAGGAACGUCUGCUGCCAUGAUUCAUGUGAUGAAUAUUUUAUAUGCCAUUGGUCUCGUUGACUUAUCUGAUACACCCAGUGAUCAGGAUCAGUGUGCCUUUUACUUCAUGAAUGUCGUGAUUGAUACGACCCUAGGCGUGUACAUUGCGUAUUUAUCGCUGCAAAUGUUUACAAUAGUUGCCAUUCGACAGCAAUGGACAAGUCUCCGGUGUCAUGGAUACUACGGCUCACCACCGUCGUGGAAGGUUUGGUGGUUGCAAUUACUAGAGUGGUGCACUGUCCUGACUGUCAUGAAGUUCCUCGUUGGUGUGGUGCUGUACGCCUUCUCAACGCCACUUGGCUGGAUGGGAUCGCUGCUGUUUUACCCCGUGCACAACCAUCCGAAGAUUGAGCUACUUAUCGUCAUGAUUGGCUGUCCACUGGUCAUGAACAUGGUGCAGUUUUGGGUCCAAGAUAGCUUUCUCAUGAACAAUGAUCGGCAGAAUAGUGAGCAAUUGCCGCUGUUGAAUUCGUCAGUGGACGGUGUUGUAAACGCAGUACAAAAGCAGCGCGGCAUGUCGAAUGUCUCCAGUGCUGCCGAUAUGCGAACGCAUCCCCGGGACGUCAUUGUGCGAAUUGUGUGA